AUGAGCAUGAACACAACGGACCGGUACCCGGCCACGGCGUCGCAGUUCAUGUUACGUGAGAUCAAACGGCAACAGGAGCUGGUCAACCGAGGGUAUCAGCUCCUGAAGCGGAAGGCCGAAGCUCUGCGGCUUAAAGGUCGACAGACGGCGUCCGACUUAUCAGUGACGCAAGCGGUUCUGGGCCAUACUCUUAAAGAGGCCUACAUAUCGUUGGCAGCGGUGAAGUUCACUAAUGGAGAGUCCAAUGCAUUGGUGCUUGAAAACAUUGAGGAGGCACAAAUCCGUGUCAAACGCAUACCGGAAAACAUCUCCGGGGUCUCAACCGUGACCCUCCACGCUAUCGAAGAGCUGGGGGCCAGCGACGCCCUCCGCUACGCAGGCCUGGGGGCCGGCGGGCACCGCACCGGCGAGGCCAAGAGGGCCUUUCGCGCGGCCGUUCAUAUUCUGAUCAAGUUCGCGUCGCUGCGCAACACUUGUAUUCUGUUGGAUAAUGCGAUUAGAUCGACGCUGAGAAAAGUUAACGGCAUAGAGAAGGUCAUUAUGCCUAAGCUAUCGAACACAAUGAAAUACAUUCAAGUGGAACUAGCGGAGCGGGAAAGAGAGGAGAUGCACAGGCUGAAGAUGGUGAAGGCAAAGAAGAUUCGAGCCAAGGCUCUGGCAGCAAUGCGUCUCGAAGAUUCCCAAAAUGGAGACAGCGGUGCAGGCGGUGAAAGCGGUGAAAUUGGUAGGCCGAUUUAUUAUUACUACUAUAGAGUCUAUCUCCGUUCUGCAGCCCGUAUCCGCUCUCUCGAAUGUCUCACGAGCAUAAUCUGCGCCUGCAGGUCGCUGCCCUCCACAGACUCCGUCGAAAACUGCUCCAAGCCCGUCUGCCAGCCCGCGGAAUGGGACGAUGAGGAUCUCGUCUUUUAA